GAGAUGAUAUAAUUUCCCUGUUUUAUUACCCAGAUUUGCUUUUUAAGAUUAAAAUAUAAUUUAUUAUCUUAUUCUCUAAUUUAACUUUUUUUCUAAAUUAUAAAUCACGUUGAAAAAAGUGAUAGCAAUGAUUAACCAAACGUGCUCUUAUAGUAGUAAAGAAAACUUUAUAGUACGUUUACAUGGCAAAUCAUGAUUGUUUACAAAAUAAGCGCAGUGUAGAGGUUGUUGUUUAACGAAGAAAAAGCCAACUCCACGAUUCUUCAUAACUAUGAUUUAGUGUCAGAUUUACUGCGUUGGGAUUUGCGUUGACUGUCUUAUACAGCACAAGCAAACAAGACAGGAAAGUGCGUGAAAAUUUUGGAUAUCUUAGUUGAAGGUGACAUGAAUCAUCCAUGUGGGAAUUUUUAUAAUCCAAAGAAAAAAAAUUGCAGAUCAUCCAUUUACAGAGGUUUCUGCUUCAUGGGUUUCUCUAAUAUUUUACUUUUUCAGAUUUAGCUAGUGCGCUCUCUCUCUCUCUGUGCUUGUUUUCUAACAAAUUCGGCUCAAGAUAUUUCACUCGCUUGCUUGUUGGCACUUGAACUGCAUUGAUUACCUUUCCCAAAUGAGAAUUUGAUCACCAAGAAAUUCCCUGCUAAAGGAAUUUGCUGAGACCUUUGAUUGAGACUAAAAAGAGACAUGGUUCAGUCAUUGGAAGCUAUCAAGGGUGGUGGAGGAUCUAUCAAGGUAGGGGCUACUGGGACUAUAAGUUCCCUGAUGACAAGGGAAUUGGACUCCAUGAAAGCUUCAUCUCAGAAGCCAGUAUCUUCCAGAAAUAAACCUCAAACUGGUCCUGUUUCUGUCCCCUCUGGUAGUACAACUCCAAGAAGACUACAACCGAGAAAAUCAUCGGAUGAAGCAAGCAGCAGUGGAAGCAGCAACUACAAUAAUCAUAUAAACCCUGAUUUUUCUCGGAAAGCAAAGAGUUAUCCUAAAAAUACACAUCGGAUUCCAAUGCUGGGUUCUGAUAAUAUAACUUUAGAUAGAACUCCCAGUAGGGAGAAAACUGACAAGAAAGUACCUAACAUAGCUGAAGUUGUGGACAUAAAAUGUGGAAACUCAGAUAAAGCAUGGACUAGGCCUUUAACAAAUAAAUUGAAGAAGCUGAGCUUCUCAAAGCUCUCUGAGAGCAUUAUUUAA